UCACACGUGCUGUCUUCUCUGAAGCGCGCAGCAGUGAAGAUGGCGGACACAGAAAUUGGAUCAGCUAAGAAAGACAAGAAGAAGAAGAAAUUCUCAGAAGGAGAAAUUGGGGACAUUCAGGAAAGCGGAGACUUCCUCAUCAAACCUGAAUCUAAGGUCGCAAGUUUGGACACGUCUCAAUGGCCGUUACUGCUGAAGAACUUCGAUAAGCUCAACAUCAGGACAGCUCAUUACACUCCUCUGCCACAUGGCUCGAAUCCGCUCAAGAGGAACAUACAUGAAUAUGUCAGGACUGGUUUCAUUAAUCUGGACAAACCCGCCAACCCCUCUUCCCAUGAAGUCGUCGCUUGGGUCAAGAGAAUCCUUCGUGUUGAAAAAACAGGCCACAGUGGCACUCUUGACCCCAAAGUCACAGGGUGCCUGAUCGUGUGUGUGGAGCGAGCCACGCGACUGGUUAAAUCUCAGCAGAGCGCAGGCAAAGAGUAUGUGGGCAUAGUACGGCUGCACAAUGCGCUAGAGAACGAACACCAGCUAGCGAGGGCUCUGGAGUGUUUGACAGGAGCCCUGUUCCAGAGGCCUCCACUCAUCGCUGCUGUGAAGCGCCAACUGCGAGUGCGAACUAUCUAUGAGAGCAAGCUUAUUGAAUACGAUCAAGAGAGACGAUUAGGUAUUUUCUGGGUGAGCUGUGAAGCGGGGACAUACAUUAGGACACUCUGUGUUCAUCUGGGUCUGCUGCUGGGAGUCGGCGGUCAGAUGCAAGAGCUGCGAAGAGUCCGCUCCGGUGUGCUGGGUGAAAAGGAUAAUCUGGUGACCAUGCAUGACGUGUUGGACGCCCAGUGGCAGUUUGACCACAACAAAGAUGAGACUUACCUGAGGAGAGUGAUCUUCCCUCUGGAAAAACUCCUCAUUUCACACAAACGGAUCGUCAUGAAGGACAGCGCUGUGAACGCUAUAUGUUACGGCGCUAAGAUCAUGUUACCAGGCGUCCUGCGGUAUGAAGAUGGCAUAGAAGUGAAUCAAGACAUAGUUGUUAUAACUACUAAAGGAGAAGCCAUUUGUACAGCGGUUGCCCUGAUGACUACGGCUGUCAUAUCCACAUGCGAUCAUGGCGUUGUUGCCAAAAUCAAGAGGGUCAUUAUGGAGCGAGACACGUAUCCACGUAAAUGGGGCCUUGGACCGAAGGCUAGUCAGAAGAAAAUGAUGAUCCAAAAAGGACUUCUAGACAAACAUGGCAAACCCAACGGCAGCACCCCUGCAGACUGGAAAGAGGGCUACGUAGAUUACAGCACACAGAAGGGGAAAAAGAGUGAAGAGGCCGGUCAGACGGCAGCAAAGAGGAAGAGAGAUGAGAGCGGAAGCGAAAGUGAUGCGGCAGCUGCUCAGGGCACAAUGACAAAAGAACUCAAGAAGGAGAAGAAGAAAAAGAAGAAAGAAAAGAAAUUGAAGCUUGCAGAAGAGGCAGCGGCGGAGGCUCCAGCACAGGAAGAAACUGAGGUUACGGAGAGUGCAAAGAAAAAGAAAAAGAAAAAGUCUAAAGAUGCUGAGGCAAGCUCAGAUUGAACAGAGACUCGUGUGAUAUUAUUGAACCAGUAAAUUUAAGAGAGCAGACUUUUCGAAUGGAAACUCAUUCUUCCAUCCUCACCCACCUGUUGGUCAUGUCUGUGUUCCAGUGUCACAGUGGACAGUGGGUCAGUCAAAGGCCAUCAGUUUGUAAAUGGUUGCGGUUAUGUUUUUUUUUUUUUUUUUUUUUUUUUAUG